UGGUUCUCAAGCAGUGACAAUCAAUAAUUCCCUCUGUUAAAAGAAUCGAAAAUCUUGCAAAAUAAAACAUACAAGCAGUCUAAGAUUGACGAAAGAUAGCUUGAUGAAGUUACCAUUAGUUAAAGCCUACAAAUAGGCUUCCAAAUCGUUUACAGAAACGUGUAUAUCUAGUGGAAAUGGUAUCUGGCGGUGGAACUAGUCAUUCAUUUGUGUAUGUCCGGCCAGCGGGUAGCCAAGUGUAGCCUUCACUGUCUCUCUUAUUGGACUAGUGGAACAUUGCAAGCGUUUUAUUGCACUCGUGACCUCGACAGAUAUAUUGUUAAUAAUAAUUACUGUACUCGUGGACCACGAGUGAAUGAUCACUGGUGCUGGUGGACCAGGAGUGAAGCUUUACAGCUAGUGGUAGACCAGGAGUGAACAUUACCGUUAGUGGUGGACCAGGAGUGAAACAUCACAGCUAGUGGCGGACCAGGAAUGAAACAUCACAGCUAGUGGCGGACCAGGAGUAAAACCAAGACAUGCACUAGUGGACCACGAGUGAAACAUCACCCCUCAAGUAUAUUCAGGUAAGAAUCAAAGCCCAACUUGGCCCCCUACAGCACACUAUUCACUGAUCAACUCUACACCAGCAGCUCUAAACACAAGCAAGUCCUCAUAAACAAGACUGACUGAUGACACCAUCAGCUCUAAACACAAGCAAGUCCUCGUAAACAAGACUGACUGAUGACACCAUCAGCUCUAAGCACAAGCAAGUCCUCGUAAACAAGACUGACUGAUGACACCAUCAGCUCUAAGCACAAGCAAGUCCUCGUAAACAAGACUGACUGAUGACACAAUCAGCUCUAAACACAAGCAAGUCCUCGUAAACAAGACUGACUGAUGACACAAUCAGCUCUAAACACAAGCAAGUCCUCGUAAACAAGACUGACUGAUGACACCAUCAGCUCUAAACACAAGCAAGUCCUCGUAAACAAGACUGACUGAUGACACCAUCAGCUCUAAACACAAGCAAGUCCUCGUAAACAAGACUGACUGAUGACACCAUCAGCUCUAAACACAAGCAAGUCCUCGUAAACAAGACUGACUGCUGUUCCAGUAACCAGACUUUGUUUACCUGGAGUUUACCUGGAGAGAGUUUCGGGGGUCAACGCCCCCGCGGCCCGGUCUGUGACCAGGCCUCCUUCUAUUUACGAGUAAACUUAAAACUGAUGAUUAAGACACAUGUGCAGCAGCUGGGCAUCAUUCAUGUUGAAACGUGUCGCCUACACAGUAGGCUUCCUCAGUCAAAUACAGAGACAACAAGUGUAAUGGCGAAAGAUGUAAUCAGUCCAUCACCUUGAACUCUUCUCCAGCUUGAGGGACUGACCACCUCAAACGCUAUUUAUCGAAGAUUGACGGACUGACAUCGUCUUUACUUCGUCAUUACACCUGUUACACAAGCUUAAGGGCUAUCAAUGUGUAUGUGUGGGAGAGGAUGAUGGAUGGGUCUGAGGAUAGCGACAGGGGACGAAAGCAAGGACGAAGUCCACGCCGCAGGGACCUAUCCCCGUCCCGACGCUGUCUGGAUGAGGCUAGAGGCAGGACCUCCUCCCCUGUCAAGCAAGAUCGAGGGCAACACACACUGCCUAGCCAGUCCCCACGCUCGAUACGGAGAGGAAGAGCUAACUCACCAGGACGGCAGUCACCAAAACAACAUAGACGUAGUGGUCGUGAUAACUCACCAAGAAGGCAGAAUACUAGUCAUGAGAGCCGUGAUCAUAGAAGUAAUAGUCGUGACCACUCACCUAGAAGGCAGAAUGUUAGUCGUGAGAGCCGUGAACACAGAAGUAACAGUCGUGAUCAGUCACCAGUCAGGCUCACAACUAGUCACCAGGGUGGUAACAGCACACAGCAGUCACCAGAGAAGCAUCAGCCUGGCAGGAGACCCAGGCGGGGUAGCCACCGCCGAGGUCGUCAACACAAACAGUGGGAGUAUCGGCAUCCUGAAACCGCCGCUCUCGAGGGCGAAACAACAACGGCUCGUUUAGAAGUGUUCAGUAUUAUACUUCACGUGGUGGCCCUCGCUGCAGCACUGUCUGUAAUGGUGCCCAUGGCUAUCGUAACCUCUCGCUGGGAGGUGGAGCGGAAAAUGUGCCCGCUGUUUGUCAACAAACCCCCUGGCUUCGACCAUCGCUGGGGUUGGGGGAACCCAGACAAGACCCCUUGUAACAUGACUGCAUUUCUUCCCAUUAUCGAGGUGGUGUUAUCCACUACAUUACUCCUCUUCCACAGUGGGCUCCUUAAUAUCUGGCGCCUCAAGGGUGAGCCACCAGCCUUUGCCUUCACCAGGAUAUACACGCUGGUGGUGUUGGCCAUUGUGGCCCUGGAAACCUUGCUGGCCUUCGCGGUAGCAAUCAUCCUGACUGAGGGCUUCAGACACACCUGUAUCUCCUUCGAUCUGAACCUCUCCUGGAACGAGUACGUCGCCACCUGCAAAGAGAACUUCGAUGACCGUGACGAGGCAUACGUCAUGAACCAGCUGCACACCUUCAUCAAAAUUGUGAUGGCGCUGGUGGGGUCGUGGAUCAAUGUUAUCACAACAGUACUUCUAACAAUCGUCUAUGUGACGCGAUCAAAAAUUUGUUCUUGUGAGUUGGUGUGUAUCUGAUAUUAAUACGUUAUAUCUAGUGUAUUGAAUAUGUAGACAGCCUGUACUGUCUGCACAGACAGCUAUAUGCUGUCUGCCAGCUUAGUUCAUAUUUCACGGCACUCAGGUGCUGCCCUCUGGGCCUGCCCAGGUCUGUGGGAAGCUGGUCCCACACUGUCUCACAGCAGCCUAGCAGGAAGACACAAGGCCUACUAGUUCUCCCUCUCGUGGGAUGGCCCUCCUGGGCCAUGGGCACAACACACAAGCCUGUGUACCCACCACGACUUUGCAAAUAAAGUAAGAAGCCUUGGAAGACAUAUCAUUCACGCACCCGCUUUCAUCGUACGAAAUAAGUCUCGUUAUAAAUGGUGGGAAGCAGUGGUCGCAGCAAUUGUGUUUGCCCGGAGAGAGGAAGGGAUGAAAUCAUCUUCACUUCAUCACCCUAUACAAGAAGCAUCCGUCUCUCAACGAGUUAUCCUGAUGUCGUGUCUGCACGUUUCAGCAUCCAGACACAGGUACAAGCAGGAUCCAGCCGAAAUUUACCGAAUUGUAAGUGGCGUCCCAGUGACCCCACGCUACAGCGUCCCAUGCUGUGUCUCAAGUCACAUGUUCAGCGUCACUUGUAUGUUCUGCUGUUGUUGUUCAGCUCAGCACAGUUGUUUCAGCAAGCCAGAGGUGAGCUUUUUGGUGAUUUCUGCAUCCAGUGUGUCUCCCUGUGUUGGUGGGUGGGAGGAGGAGGAAGUGGCCGUUUCCUUGCAUCGCCCAUGCUCGCCCUACUCACGCUCACCCGUCUACCAUACACUCACCACUGCCCACUCCCUCUGCUGUGUUUUCUGCUGUUUUUCGUGUGAUUCAUUGCCAGAGCUGUAUAUCCGAGUGCCCGAGGCCACUCGAAGCUACGUGGAUCAGCAUGCCACGUAGAUCAGCAAGCCACGUGGAUCAGCAAGCCACGUGGAUCAGCAAGCCACAUGGAUCAGCAAGCCAUGUGGAUCAGCAAGCCAUGUGGAUCAGCAAGCCAUGUGGAUCAGCAUGCCACAUAGAUCACGAAACCACAUGGAUCUCAAUGCCACAUGGGGUGUGGGCUAUGUCACGUGGAACUACAAGCCAUGUGGGUUACCAAGCCAGAUGUCCCAGGCCUCAUGCUGUGGUCUGCUGCCCACAUCACAUUGACAUCACUGACAAUGCCGCCCGACUUCAUGACAUCACGAUGUCUGCCUGACAUCACCUUGAGAUAUCUGCUGAUGUCACAAUGCUGCUGACGUCACCUCGCGAUGUCAUGUCUGACAUCACAUGAUGUCACAUUGAGUGUUCUAGUAAAUAUUUCAGUAUUGUUGAGAAGAUUGAGAGAAAAUAUAUGUCGUGUGUUAAAUAAUUCCUCUCAGUGUUCUCACAUGUUAGUGUACGGCGUAGUGUCAGUUUUGUGCACAGAGAAGCAUCAUUUGCUAGUUGUGGAAAAUUGCAUUUAUCUGAAUGUAACUAAUUAUGUACAUAACAGUAAAUGAUAACAAAGAUACUUAUUAUUUAGCAAUGUUACAUAGACAAGUAGGAAUUUGGGACACCUAGGUCGCAAAAAAUGUCCCCCUUCAAUGCCUACCACUGUCAUAUCCACAAGUUGCUCUGGACCUAUUAAUUACCAAUGAAAUAUGUAUAACCAGGAAUACUGGUAAAUGUAUAAAUUUUGUGGACUGUAUAUUAAAAAUAAUAAAUGGUUAUAUAUAUACACAAUUACAUAACAGAAGGAAAAAUAUAUCUUAUUAUCACUCACCAAUUUGACUGGAGAUUAGUGUAUCAUACUCAGAAAACCUCACUCUAACUAAAUCUAUGAAAAUAAUGCUGGCCAGAAUUACACACAAAUCUAGAGAGCUUAUCUGAGGUUCCUGGAGCUGUCUUGUCCAGUCGCCUGAAAUCUCAAGUUAUGCAGGAAUGCAUAUCCACCAAUUUCGCCUCCUAUUUGAGAGGUGUCAGCACAAUUUUAACCUCUAGAGCACGAAAAAUUCUUCCCCAUUCACCAACGUUUCUAAUACAAAAUUCAAAAACCAAGAUGGCGACUGAGCCCCCCAGCCGCAGGUUUCCCAUUUUCGAUAACAUACUUCUUUUAAAAAUACAAUAAAGGGCAUCUAUUUACCUAUAAAUUACCGUAUUUCCGAAAAAUAUAUACAGUAUUUUUCACACUAGUUAAGCCAUGUUGUACUGCAUGUACCGCAGGUGUGUGUAAAGUUUUCCGUGUGUCCAGUGAGGUCUGAGCCAGACCCGUGUAGCACCACUGUGUUAAGUCACCCAGUGUAACUAGAUAUCAGUCAGCUCUAAGCCCGAGCCCCCUUGUACAGAAAGCUCUUAUGCUCGUCGCUCAUAGAUGCUCUGCAGAAUCGUACCUGCUACGAUUCCCAUCAAGAUUUGUUUCACUUCACCUCCAGACCUUAAAAGUGCAGUUAUAUGUAGAGAAACAAGUCUGGGGACGCUUAGACUAACCUCUGCUAUAACUCCAACUGCCGAGAGAAUGACACUUGUCAAGCUGCAGUUAGCCCUGUCGGCAGGCGCUGUGUCAGCCUCAUGUCACAACAGUGAGCAGCCUGCACAAAGAAGAUGUCACUUUGACUGCUAGCUCGCUCACUGCAGUCUGGUGUAUGAUGUUACGACUCCCAGAUGUUUCGCCCAGUCGUCUCUGCCACGACUCGCUCCACAACUCGCUCCACGCUCGCUGGCAGUGACAGCCCAGCGACAGUACCAGUCGAGAAGUGUCCUCCUGAGUCGUUUGCGAGAAGUCCUGCCCAGUUGCUGAGUUUUGUAGACGCCUCACUCGAGGGCACCAGCAUGUCGUGCCCCAGGUUGAGUGAAACCUGCAGUGACUCCUACGAUGACUGGAUGACUGCUUCACCGUUCCAGAGGAGACCGUACCUUGUUAUGUCACAGCUCAGCCGCAGCGAUGUCUCCUGUGUUGCAGUAUCUGUCCAGAUGCAGGAAGGCGUGCAGUGAUGCCUUUCGAUGCUCACUGCCUAUGACCAUGAUGUUCAGCACACCCUACAUGUUUUUUUCUUCCCUCCCUGUAGGAAGUUUUUUUUUUCCAUGUCCAUAAGUAUAUACAUGUUUUAAUUUGUGUUCUGUACCCUGUUCCUACGAGAGAGAGACCGAGUUUUUUUCUACAACCAGUAUUGUCGCGUCGUCGAGGUAGGUGGCCGAGCGAAUGUAGACAGCCUGUACUAUCUGCACAGACAGCUAUAUGCUGUCUGCCAGCUUAGUUCAUAUUUCACGGCACUCAGGUGCUGCCCUCUGGGCCUGCCCAGGUCUGUGGGAAGCUGGCCCCACACUCUCACUCUCACAGCAGCCUAGCAGCAAGACAGAAGGCCAGUUCUCCCUCUCGUGUGAUGGCCCUCCCGGGCCAUGGGCACAACACACAAGCCUGUGUACCCACCACGACUAUGCAAAUAAAGUAAGAAGCCUC